AUGUUUUUAUCACUUGGUUCAACCGGCAGAUGUGAUGCACUACCGCCAACCUCCCAUAACGGGCUGGGUAAACUGCGUGUUCUGUGUGCGAGUGCAACCCCAAGACGUCAGCUCACGGCCGCGCCGAGUUCUUUUUUGCUGUCCUCCCUCAAGAUGACUCAGGUUUCGGCCUCCGGGAGGCACGGAUAUUUGAGGGUUUGA